AGAGCAAUGUCCAUCUAUGGAAAAACAUUUGUACUGACUCACACAUUCAAAAACAUCUCGGCAUUUAGAGAAGGCGAUAGUUGUAGUGAUCAAGUGAAACGACGUUGCAAUAUUCCGUGGACGGUUCGUAUUUCAAGAAUAGAUGGGUUUCUUGGAGUAUACUUAUACUGUGAGCUCGAAUGGUCGGCCCACCGGAAAUGGUCUCUUCAUACAAAAUACACUAUGAAACUAGUAGCGGUUGGUGGAAAAUUUUUCCGACGGACUGUGUAACAUGAAUUCCAAAAGCCGGAAGAACAUGGAAUGGAUAAAUUCAUUAGUUGGUAGAAUAUGCUAAGGGAUUAUGUUGAUACGGAUAGUAUUAUCAUUGAAAUCCAUGCCAAUAUUGUUAACAGUACAGGUUUCUUCGAACAAAAAUGUAAUAGUAUCAUAUACAAAUGUAAUAGUAUGUAUUUAUUAAUCCAACUUUCAUAUAACCAAUGCUUAGGUACUCCAUGUUUGCAACCAAAUUCCGGAAAAUCUUUUGUGCUAAACCAUACUUUCAAGAAUUUCACAAGAUUUAUCGAAUCAGAAUUUGACAUUAGUGAUGUAGAAGAGCAUUACAAUUUUUCUUUAUUUAUUGAGCGUAAAAUUUAAUAUGUCCAGUUAUUUAAAGAUUUGUAUUAUCA